UGUGUCAAGUGAUUGGCUCAGUGAGUGUUUGUAGCUCCAACUUGGAAGGCAUUUCCUGAUUGGUCGCUGUGGAAGCCCACGUACAAGCGUGGCCUUUCAGUGGCUGUGAACAGUGCUUGGUUUUCAUCUCGCUUACAUGUGGAGGCUUGGAGGCAGCCAGACCUGCAGUGACUUAGGGUUGCUAUGGCUAUGUCCUUGUUACUUCCCAACUGUCUGCAUGUUACACUAAUUUUUCUCCUGCUACAUGUAGGUAAUUGCUUUCAGACGGAACCAAAACUCUGUGAUUCAAGUUGUGCUGGGCGUUCUACCCCUGACUUGUUCUAUCAGAGAGGGGUGAGGUAUACCUACAGGUAUAGCACGACAAUUACCACAACCCUUCAUGGCUCCAAUGCUGGCAGGAAUGGACUGGCUUUGGACUGUGUGGUUGAUAUCGAUGUGGUUUCAAAGUGUCACCUUAUGAUGCAGAUUAGGAAUCCACAGAUAAAGCGACUUUCCCCUCAGAAGGAGCACUCUGUUCAGCGUUUAAAGAGCUUGAGGGACUCACUGGAGAGAACGCGCCUCAAGUUCUCCCUCCAGGGGGGAAAGGUCACAGCCCUCUGUCUCCAGGAGGGGGAGCAGGUGUGGGCCCUCAACAUUAAAAGGGCUCUACUGAGCAUGCUCCAGACCUCCCGCGUGGGAUCAAAACAGGAAUUAGAAAAGGAGACCGAUGUGUAUGGGACGUGCACCAGCAGGUAUGAGAGGAGAGGACCUGUUCUGCUGAAGAGCAGGGAUCUGAUGCAAUGCCAACAGUCCAGGCUGGCAAACUUCUGGCCCCAUUCAGUAUCUUUAACUGAAGAUACAUCAGUGCAGUCAGAGUUGCACUGUGUUCAGAGGCAUGGGUUGCAUGGAGUGAUGGAAGAGGUCAACUGUACCGAAGCCAUUUCCAUGGCAACAUGGUCCACGACUGCAGGGCUGGUGAAGACCCAAACAGUGUCCACCCUGCUUCUGCUCAGAGCCCAGCCAGGGACCCCUUCAGGAGCAGAUUCCUUGGGUCCUGGUGUGCUAACUGACCUGCAAUUUGAGGACGAGGGGGCUGCAAGGCCCGAAAAAGCCAGAGCGUCAACACUUCAGCAAGCCAGUCAAACUGUCAGGAUUUUAUGUAGCCUCACCUCAGACCCACAACUGGCAUCACAAGAGUUCCUUCAACUGGCUUUCCAGCUGAGAGAUCUGACUCUCUCUCAACUCAAGACACUUUGGCAGGAAGCAUCUUUCAAGUGCCGUAAUGACUGGCAGCCAUUGUUGGAUGCAUUACCAGCCUGUGGAUCUGAAAACUGCAUCAUACUACUGACUGACCUAAUGAGGAACAAAGAGCUGGAGGAGGAGCAGGCUUACGCUUUUCUCACCACCAUAGCCCUCAUCCCUCAUCCAUCGCCACAGAUCAUCGACUCCAUCAAUGCCUUACUGGAGGUCCAAGAGGUGCGGUCCAAGGCGCUGUUAGCUGGAUCAUCUCUGGUCUAUCAACUGUGCCAAAGGUCUCAAGCCUCCUGUAGUGAACUUCCGCAGGUACAGACCUUUAUACAGACGCUUAAGGAAACCCUGAAGGAGGGCUGCGAGGGAGAACAACCCACCCGAGUGAAGGUGCUUUCAGAUGCACACAAGCUUAUUUAUGCACUGAAAUCGGUGGGAAACACCGGUCUGUCUGCUCCGGUCUUCAUUCCUCUGCUAAACCACUUCAUGCUCGGCCACUCAACUACACUGGAGCUGAGACUUGCUGCCAUCCAAGCAUUCAGACGCUUUCCCUGCUCAGCUGAUAGAUCUGUGCUGUUGCAGCUGUACCGCUUCUCCCAGGAGGAUCCUGAGGUCAGAAUCGCUGCAUACCAGCAGCUCAUGCACUGCCCCGAUCAGGAUAUGUUUGAAGUGGUGAAGACGACGCUGAGGAACGAGACCUCCAGCCAAGUGGGCUCAUAUGUGUGGAGUCACCUGACUAAUGUCCUAAGGAGUGAGGACCCCAUGAAGCAGGCCCUAAUCGAGUCACUGCCUGACAACAUUAUCAGCAGAGACUUUGAAGCUGAGUUUUUGAAAUUCUCCUCCUAUUCAGACUACACAGUUUCAUCAGGCAUGGGAAUUACAAAUGUGGAAACAUCUUUGGUUUUCUCUCCCAAAUCAUUUCUACCAAGAUCUGCCACUGCCAACCUGAAGCUUUAUUUUCAUGGCCGAGUCCACAACCUUCUGGAAGUGGACCUUCACGUCGAAAAUGCUGAACCACUUUUGAAGAACGUUUUCGGUCACCAGACCCACGACUCUGAUGAAGAGUCUAUGGCUCGAAGUCGAAAGUCGCAGUCCAAAGAGGCUAGGAGGACAAGAAGAAAAACAGACAAUGGCCAUAGUGCAGAAAAAGAAAUGUGUUUAUCCAGUACAAACAGUUAUCUGAACCAAGCCAGGGCCAUGUUGUUUGGGAGGUGGAGAACCGAGGAGAAUAGGCCCAAGUGUUGGGUCGGCGUGAAGGUGUUUGGCAAUGAGCUCAGCUUGUUCACAUGUAAAGAUCUCUACAAUCAAAUUGAGCAGCUGUCGCUGAGCGUGGCAGGACUAACCGUCAAACUGCUUAAGGGUCAUGAGGUUCAGCUGGACCAUAGGGCCGUGCUGAUGACAGACGAGCUGGUUUUACCGUCUCUGUCUGGUUUGCCCUUCAAACUGGGCAUCAACAUGACCUCCCUCCUGUCGCUGCGUCUGAAGGGCAACGUCAACUACAGGGAUACUUCUCUCUUCUCCUUGACUGGAUACAUCAAACCCAAUGCCUACGUGGGGCUGUCUGCCAGGAUGGGGGUUGAUGGUGCUUUGGGUCAGGCUGCAGUGGAGUGGGUCUCUGAGCUGACAAGCUCUACCAGUCUGGAUGGCAGUGUUCAGCUGCAGGAGGGGCGGGAUGUCAGGGUCACACUUAACACACCGGAGGACGUCAUGGACGUCAUCUCUCUCAACUCCAGAGUGUUUCAGCUCAGUGGAGACCACAGAGAGGAGAUAAAGGGGCCAAAGAGUCGAGUCCAGAAAACCACCUGCACACCAAAGACAUGGUCCAAGAUGGUAGGCUGGCAGCUGUGCUCCAAUGCCUCUUACCCAUUAGCUUCCACAGGUGUUUCCCUUCCCGCUCCAGGACCUGUCCAACUCUCCCUUAGGCUGCUGAAGCUGGACAGAGGCCUCCAUUACUACCUGCUGGAGGCUGCCUACUCACUGCUCCCUCAGAGAGGCACCUGGCUCCCCAGAGAGGCCUCCAUUCACCUUCUCCUGGCCACACCUCAGUCCUCCAUCCCGAGAGACAUGUCUGUGGACUUAACAUUCAACCCUCACAGACUGCUGCUAAGGAUCACCCACCCUCUGAAAACCAUCCACAUACAAGGGCAGCUUGAACAAGAGAGGAACAUAAAAUCAGGAAAGCUGGAGCUGUUGAUUGAUGGUGUUCAUUAUUAUAUCAUGGGUUUGGUCGACAUUCAGACCCUCCUGUCAGAGCAGAGAACGCGGUAUCACCUUGAAGCCAAAAUGGCCGCUAAUGGACAUCCCAUGAUCCUCUCUGCUAAUGUUACUCGUGGACUGGGUAGGAAGACAAGCUUCUCUGCCACAGUGAAGAAUGUGUUCAGAGAAACUGCAUCACUGUCAGUGGCCCUGGAGCGCAGACAGGAUGGCAGAAGUAGGCAGUACUCUGUGGAGGCGGAGCUUCUGUUACCCAGUGUGGUCGGCACCAGGGUGCUGGGACUGAUGGAGCAGAAGGGCUCACUGUGGAGCUCCGCACUCAGGCUCAAAUAUGGUCUGGGAGGUGAUGCCCGGUAUCUGCGUCAGGAGUGCUACACGUCUCAGAGACUAAGGAGUGAGAGGGACUCAAACCUUACAUACAUCAUUAGAGCAGAUCACGAAUUCUCCUGCUCCAACACAGCUCCUAUCAACCACAAGAUCCACCUCAGGCAUGAGGAAAGCCCCAGCCACAUUAAAUCAGCCCUGGAUAUGAGCUACGGCAAACACUGGGAUGAGAUCAACAACAAACGCACACUUCUUCUGAGCCAGUCCUUCAAAAACCAAUCCACACAAAAUCACACCAGCUACACACUGGAGUUCAGUCUCCAGGUGCCAGAGAAGAAUUUAAAUUACAGGACUCAGCUUCUGCACUCCCACCUGAGACAGCUCGGGUCGGAGAGCAGCACUCACCUCAAAGUCAAUUACAACAACUUGAUGCCGCUGGUGGCUGGAUUACACUGGAAAAGCCCUCCCAAAGACACCCCGCAGAAAAAAUGGGAAGGCACAUUUAACAUGGACACGCCGUGGCUGUAUAUCUACACUGCCCACAAACUGAGCCAGCACCAGCACCACACGCUCCAGCUCACCUCAGAGCUGACAGCCAGCAAGUGGCUGACCAUCCCUAACCUCAUGCUGGAGGGUUUCUACAGGGACAGAGGCAGAGAGAGGGAGACCCGUCUGGAGCUCUACACAUCAGCUGCCACCUACAUCCAAGCAGGUGGUUGGGUCAUGGUGGGGAAGCGAAGUGUGAAGGCGUCUGGCUCAUUGAGCUCGUUUUGGACUUCACCUUUGAGAGGAAACGUCUCUCUGGAGACUUUUAAGUUCAGCCACACCCUGCAGAUGGCCUCCACCUAUGGCAAGCACAACGUCAGCCUCGCUGCCGCCCUGAACACUGUGGAUAAGAAUUUGAAAAAGAAGCAAGCGAUACUGAAGAUGACUUUCUCAAAGCCGAAGAGUCCAUCCACAGAACUGGAGUUUGAGGGAGUAGUAGAGGAGCUGAGGAAGGACAAGAAGAUGUAUCAGAAAACAGCAAUGAUCCAGCUCAGACAGCCCUUCCAGGCCUUUCCUCAGGCUCUCCUCCUGCGGGAGACUUUCACCAUCGACCUCCUCAAAGGCCUCUACAUCCUGGAGUCGAAAGCUGGUUUCCAUGGCAACAGAGAGGUCAUCCACACCCUCACCUUCUGCUACCGACCACCAAGCCCUUUUGUUUGUUCUGCACUCAUCCAUCCUUUCAGCUCUGACACUAUUCCUUCAGACUCGGAAAUCUGUGUGACCAUAACCAGCAACCAGACCCAGAAAGACAUACAAGGGAGAUUACAGGUCGGGAGCAAGGAGAGACUGACUUUCUUUGGACAAGUUCAGUUGAACCCUUUGCACUCAAGUCACCAAGCGAUUAAAGUUAGAGCCAACUUCACCCAUCAGCUCCAGCUGCAGCUCCCCUCCUCCGCUAUAGUGGAGGGAAAUGUAUUUUGGAACCCCAAAAACAACAGUGACUUUGAUUAUCAGGCCAGAGGGAAAGUGAGAAUAGAGCGACAGGAGUGCCAACUUUCUGUACAGCUCAAUGGAACGUCAGGAAGAGUUGGUCUUUAUUCCUCUCUCAGCCAUCCUUUCAAAUCAAAGAUUCCCAAAACAUUAGAGGUAAAUGCCACUGCAGACAUGUUUGCAGUGGCUGGUACAGGAAGUAGCUCAGUACAUGUGAGGGCUGAUGGAAAAGACAGGGUGAAGCUGGAUGCCCAGAUGUCCCACUCCUUCCUGAGGGGAGACACGGCCGUUGGACUGAGGUUGAAUGUAUCCCAGAGCCUGCUGCCUUCUGCCACUGACCUGCAUGUAAACCUGGCUGCCAACAUGUCCUCAGACAGCGUGUCUCUACAUGGCUCCUAUACACAGGGGCAUGAGGCUCUGCUGGCUCAGGUCAAAGGGUCGCUAAAAGACACCCGGGGUCUCCAGCUGGCUGUGUCCGGGGACCUGAGGCACUCCAUGGCUAACUUCGCUAUUUUGCCUCCAGUCCUGGGGUUGGAAGGGGUGCUGGGACGGUCUGACACCCUCAUUGAAGGACAGCUGAGAGUUAGAGUGAUGGAGACCUUGUACAGUGCGGAGCUGAGGCAUCAGGAGGAUCCCGGAGAUUCUACAGACGGUGAAGAUAAAGAGGGCAUGAUGGGAAAGAAAUUCCAUGUGGCCCAUGAUUGGCUGUGUGUUUGGUUAGGGGCGGAGAAUUUGUGUGUGAAUGUGAGCCGCCGACUGGGGGGUCAAAGGACGGGCGAGGUCUACACCAGACUGUCUCACUCCUUCCACCUGUUCAAUGCCACAGGUGUACCUGCCAGCAGUAAUGCCCAGGUGAGGUGGGCCCAGGAUGGUGGUCGACUGUCAGUCCUUGCAGAGCUUCAGGCUGGACCUGAACAUCUAAAAGCUGAGUUUAAUGGAGGCAAGACAGACCAGCUUACCCCACGAUGGGAGUACUUCUCCAGGCUGCAGCAUCAAGUCAAAGCCCUGCUGAAAAGAGGUGUAUCAAGCUCUAUACAAGCCAAAGCACAUUACCAGUUAGAAACAGAAGGUCUGGACACAGGCUUGGUCCUUCACAUGGAAGAUGAGAGAAUGAUUGACAUCCUUUUUAACGUUGGAUCGAAAAACAGCGCAGCUAUGUUGGCAUUGUCUCUAUGGCAACAGAUGAAGCUACUCCAGGGAGUCAUACCCUCCUCUUUACAGAUGUACUGCACAGGGGACGCCACUGCAGACCGACUCUCAGCCCAGUGCAAUGGAAAUGUGGCGGGUCGCCCUGUGGAGACUCUCCUGCCAUCGCAGACUUCAGCCAACAUCUCCAUCACCCGUUCUGGCUGCUCAACUAAUCUCAGUACCGUGUUCCAGGUAGAGGGGGAACAGAAAGGCAGCCUUAGUCUGUAUUUAACUUGUCACCCCCACAUUGGUCUGAAAGCAUCUGUACAGCACACUAUAGAGCAACUACAGAUGCUGGGAUUUCCUGCCUACGGAGCAUUAAUCCUGAAUGUUUUAACUGCACAUCUGCCUUGUGUGGAGGUUGGCCUGGAGCUGGGACGUUGUUAUUUUAGGGGUAAUUUGGGGAAGAUCAAGGCUUCACAGACAGAGGAGGAGCAGUCUUCCUACGCUGUAAAUGUGACCAACUACUGUCCUGCUCUACAGGGAACGGUCCUCCCAGUGUCCCUGGCUCUCCAGGCCCUCCUCUCAGUCAUCCCCUGCCAGCUUACCAUGACCUCAUCUCUGAGGGCAGACAGCCAGGACCUUUCCCUGGAGCUGAGUCAGUCCUGCAGGCCUCCACGUCUCUCUGGUACCCUCACACACUCCUUCCUUGGGCUGAGGAUCCAAGGUGUACCCCAGAUAAUCACCAUAGAGGCCAGUGCUCCUAGAGGCCCUGAGCAGGCUGGGGCCUUGUUUAUUAAGGCUGGGACAUGUUACAUUAAAGCUGAUAGAGUCAUAGAGGCCAAAGGAAGGACACAGAGGCUCUGGGCUCUGGAGUCAAAGUGCCCAAUGUUACAGGCUCAUUUGAAUGGAUCAGUGCGGCAGGACCUUCCUGGUAUCUGGACAGCGACUGUGGACACCCACGUGGAGGGCAAAAGGGGUUUUCUGAGGCUGAAUGCAAGGUCCUGGCCGGAGAUGAGUGUGGAGGGCGAGCUCAGUCAUAACCUUCCUGCUCUCAAAGGUUUACCGGAGCACAGCAGACUGAGAGUCACCUGUAGGGCUGGAAAAACCCGAUAUGACACCGAAGCCCUCAUUCAGAUGGAGGAGUGUGCAGUAGAGCUCGGCUCCGCUGAGGGGAAGGCCUUGACAUUACAGUCCCAGUUUGGAGAUCAGCAAGCGGGAGUGAGACUUAAGAUGAAAUAUCUCCUGACGACCAAAGAGAUCAGAGGAAGCAUGUGGCACAGCUGGCUGUGGCUACGGGAGCGAGAAGUGCCACUCAAUAUAGAGGGCCUGUGUUCCAUCCAGGGAGUCUUUUCUCAGCUUCAGUCCAGGGCUCGGCUCACUGUGGACGGACACAAGCUGCUCGCCUCCGGCUUGAAUAUCAGUGUGGCCGAUGGACGUCUAGCACUGCUGCUCUCCUACUCUCCACCAGCUUCUAAUCAGACAGGGACACAGCACAGUACACAGCACAGUUUGGACACUACCCUGACCGCUCAGUUCAAAGGUCCUCUGCGGAGCGCUGCAGUAGACGUUCACUGUCAGGAUUGGAGAGUCCGAGUGGUGGGGGAUGUGGGAGGCUGGGGUGCACAUGGAGGGUCCAAGGAGGCCAGAGUGGAGGCCUGGGGAAGACUUACUGAGUCACAGCUGAGGUGCUCCAUGGCUGUGAACCCUGAACUCAGCUCCUCACUGGCACUCAUUAUCCAGGGACACCAUCUGCCUCAUAGCAAGGACCUGAUGGUGAAGGUGGUCCACAAUAUUCCCAGGAUGUUGGUUUACCUGCCUUCUCAGCUCAAUGUCCGCUCUCAGCUGAACCAGUCUCAGUCCAGUGUUGCAGGUUUGGUGGAGGUGUUGUCGGGCAGGAGGAGGCUGUGGGCUCUGGGGGACCUGGCAGCUAUAGAGAGUGGAUGGAAACAAGUUCUAGAGCUCAAACACUCAUACCCACAGUUAAAGCCACUUCCCAGGACUGUCGCAGUGAGGACGGUGUAUGAGGCCAGGAACUGGAGCUACCAAGUUCAACAUGGAGCUGUGUGGGGCAGCCAGGAGUUGAUCUUGUCUGGUCUCUACUCUGCACCUCCAGCACUGGAGAUGGGGAACCAGAGCCUGAAGGUUCAGAUCAACUGCAUUCCCCGUUGGACUAGUUUGGAGGUGACUCUCGAGCGUUCCUUAUAUGGCUGUCUGGACAGUGUUUUAGUGGGCUGGACGAGGCAUGGCCGACUGGAGCAGGUCAGAGCUCUGAGCUCGUGGAGUCGAUCAGAGGAGACGAAUGAGACCAAACUGGAGCUGAAACAGCCCUUCUCGUCCACUCUAAGCCAGAUGUCCCUUCACACGCUGUCACACAGCUCACAGAAGGAACAGCGCAGCAGCCACCAUACCCAUCUGUCAUGGGACAGCACCACAGUCCCUGUCAAUAUCUCUAUCAAUCUGAACAAACAGUGGCAGAACAACUCCAGCAGGGGGCAGGCGUGUGCUCUAUUCUCAAUGCAACAGAUGUCAAUGUCUUCUGUCAAAGGUUGUGUGUCAGUGGGUCAGGAGGGAAACUCGUAUUCACAGAAUGCAGAGCUGAGAUGGGACAACAGGAGCGUCAAGCAAAGCAUGAAGUACCAGAGAGGUCCACGGGGAAUGCACAGCCUUCAGAUGAAUGUUGGCCUAGACAAAGUGUCUCCUGCACCCUGUCCGUCACACACACUCCUGACUAGGAUUCAGACCAACCUCAGGGAUCGCCUGGAGCACACAGUGCUGCUUGGCCUCUGCCCCCCACAGCCAACUUUGUCGUGGUCAGGAUCCCACAGAGUGAACUCAGGAGAGGAGCUGUUUUACACACAGUCUCGUCUAUCGGUGACAGGACGGCCCCACCAGUGCAGCCUCACCUUCGCCUUGAUCAACUCCUCUACUGCUCAGGGCUCCAACAUGUCUCUGUUCUCUGAGGUGCAGGCCAGACUGGACCGCAGAGAGAAGAUCUGGCUGAACUGGACGGCAGAGGGACGAUGUCUUCAGACCACGGCAGGUUACACGAACGGUCCAGGUCUGAACGAGGACGUCACUAUGGUGGCAUGUGUGGGAACAAAUCGCAGUUUGAUGCUGGAUGUGCAGAAAAGAGACAGCAGCAGCAAACCUGAAACUCUGGGCAGUGUGUCUGUGGGAUCAGCCAAUCAGAGGCUGAUGCUGAGAGCAAAUGGCUGUUUGGAAAGUCUAACUGCAUUGGAGGCCCGGAUUCAGUACUUGAGCUGCCAGUUACAGAAUAAGCUGCUGGAGAGAAUCAAGACAUUACAGUACCACCUUGUUGAAUUCAGACGUCAGUCCAGGGACAGUGAGUUGCUCCAGGAGCUGAGUGCUGUACCCCUUCGUGUUUCCCAGCAAGCAGAGGCUCUGCUGGAGCACAGAGAUGGAGGUUUGUUGGCUCUGUGGCAGAGCGGCCCCUUGCGUCACAUUGUGGCCGACAGCAUGCCUCGCUUUCUCAGUCUGCUGCAGCACGCCUCUCUGCUGGGACAACAGGAACUGAGGAGGCCCCUAGCCACUCUGGCAGGUGUGUACCAAGAUGUGAAGGGCCAGAGGCUGGAGGCGUUGUGGAGGGAGGCUGUUUCUUUGUGGACUGACCAGUUGGUGGAGGUCCUACCUGUGCUGUUGGAGAACCCUCAGCUGAGGCCACUGGCUCAGGCCAGUGUCGCCACGCUCAGCGUCGCCCUGGAUGUGGCAGGACAGCAUACCUACCACUGGGCGGAGACCAGGUUGGCAAUGGCUCUGUCUGGAAUCAGGAAACGACUGGCCUCUGUCUACAAAUUCUCCCCCAGUGAGUGUUUAGUGGUUGCAUCAGUGGCGCUGCCACCGCUGCCCUGGUCCAGGGUGUCUGAGGCUGGACUGGUGGAGAUCCUUCUGGAGGAGUGGCUCCUGAGGCCCCUGCUGACCCUCACCUCCGUCAGGCCCACAGCUGAGCUUUACCGCCUUAAGAGGAAGAUCAUGGACAGCCCAUUUAUACACCAAGCUCUGUUGGUGGCAGAUCAGUUUGUGGUGACAUUUGACGGUCACCUGUAUGAGCUCCCGGGCUCCUGCCCACUGCUCCUCGCUCAAGACGUCAGCGCUGAGAGUUCAUUCACGCUGCUGCGCACUUCAGACUUCCUUCUGUUAGAAAUGAAUAACAGCACAGUCAACAUUCAGCACAAUGGACAGGUGAAGGCCAACUGCAACAAUGCUGUAACACACACAUUCCACAGUGACAGUGGAGUGGCUGUCAGGAGAGGGUCAAACAUUGUGCAGGUGUCCAAUCACAAUGGCGUGUCAGUGUCAUGUGAACUCUCGCUUGAGGUGUGCAGCUUCACUCUCAAUGGAUGGUUGCAUGGCACGUCCAUAGGUCUGUUGGGGACUAAUGACAAUGAAGCAGGGAACGAUUUUCCUUUGCCCGAUGGAUCUCAGGCUGAAAACUUGGAGGAAUUUUUCUAUAGUUGGCAGAUGAAACCGGAGUGUAUUAAAUCGCCAGGUGUAACAGAGCACUCUCCGAAAGCAGCCACAAGCCCUGUAAGCUGUGACUUCCUGUUUUCCUCUCCUGAUUCUCCGCUGAGUUCCUGUUUCAGGGUGGUGGAUCCUGGUCAGUUCUUGUUGGUGUGUGAGUUGAGCUCCUCCAGAGCACCGUGUAGAUUAGCAUCUGCUUUUGUUCAUCUCUGCAAGCAGAACUACAUACCUCUGGACGUCCCUGUCCAGUGCUUGAAAGUAUGA